GGAUCGAUCUCGGUGUGCAGUGCGUGUCUUUGCCUUUUAAAGCUAGAGGAGACUGUUCGGAGUACUAGUAUGUUUUGCUAACGCUGUCCCAGCCCAGUUCACUAGCUAUCGCUGUCCUCCAUUAUCAGCCCCUUUGCAAAAGCUUUGGCAUACUUCGCAUUCUCUCAUAUCUCAGUCUCAACCACCAAAAGACCAUCUUUCACUCGGUCUCUGUCUCUGUCUCUGUCUCUCUCUCUCUCUCUCUCUCGUGCAAGAACUAUGGCUCUUCUGCUGGAGAACUCGUGCGAGGGCAUCCUGCUAUCCCUGGAAUCCCAGAAGUCGAUACCUGCACCGUUCCUGACCAAGACCUACCAGCUGGUGGACGACCCGACGACGGACUACAUCGUCUCAUGGGGCGACGACGAGACCACCUUUGUAGUGUGGCGGCCCCCGGAGUUCGCUCGCGAUCUCCUCCCCAACUACUUCAAGCACAACAACUUCUCCAGCUUCGUUCGGCAGCUCAAUACCUAUGGUUUCAGAAAGAUUGUACCAGACAGAUGGGAGUUUGCCAACGAGUUCUUCAGGAAAGGAGAAAAGCACCUGCUCUGCGAGAUCCAUCGGAGAAAAUCUCCGCAGCCCCAACAAGUGCCCAUCAACCACCAAUAUCCACCGUCCCCAAUCGGCGGAUGUGGCAGCUAUUUUCCCUUCGUUGGUGGCCGAGUCAACUGUAUCGCUCCGCCCGAGUCGGACGAGUUGACCUGGUGUGAGUCGUCCCCACUGAUCAAUACUCCUAAUGUUUCAGUGGUCGACAACUUUGUUAGCUACAAUAACGGCCCAUCAUCAUCGUCGCCGUCAUCGGUUGUUGCAGCUCUCGCCAAGGACAACGAGAGGCUGAGAAGAAGCAACGAGAUGCUCACGUCUGAGCUUGCUCAUAUGAGGAAGCUGUAUAACGACAUCAUCUACUUCGUGCAGAAUCACGUGAAGCCUGUUACUCCGAGUAAUUCCAUCAUUUCGAACCAGGCUUUCGGGAACUUUCCUGCUACGAACGGCCAUAAAAAGCACGUUGCUCAAGUUGGUAAUAAUCUUGCGGACUCUCCCACCAACACUUCACAGAGCUCCGUCACUAUUCUCGAUGAGGAAGAUGCGACUAAUUGUAGUAGCAGCAAGAUGAAGCUAUUCGGAGUGCCUCUCCGGUCAAAGAAGCGGUUGCAUCCUGAUAAGUACGCUCCGUCGAAAAUCGCGGAGACUAACAAUAACAAGGCUCGUUUGGUGUUGGAAAAUGAUGAGUUGAGGUUGAAUCUCAUGCCUCCUUCCACAUUUGCCAGCUAUUAGUAUUUUGUUAUCCCCCCCUAUAGGGAGUAGACUGCUCAAUGAAUGCGGGUAUGGGUGUUAAUGCUUUCGCGAUUUGUACAGAAGAUUAUUGCUGUUAUCUUUUUGUUCCGCUAGCUGAGAUUGAAAAUCAAGAGUUUUUUUUUUUUUUUU